CGGCAUCUUGCCGAAAGUGUAUGGCAACCACAAUAGGCAUGCCCUCAUCUGAUCAUUUGUCCCUACCAGAACACCCUUUCUCAAGGGACCUACUCCGUCAGAAUACACCACGCGCGCACUAUGUCACCAUUAUUGGAUUGACUGAGCCACGUGGGUGCGGACAAGCCACGUGGGUGCGGACAAGCCACGUGGGUGCCUUGCUAAGAUGGACAAAGCCCACAAGGACCAUUUGGAGAAGGAUCAACUCGAAGCGGAAACUCAAGGAUAUUCAGCAACUACAUUGGCGCCGUCUGUGGGAAAACGAACAAAAGUCAUCGCUAGAAGUUAAGAUGGUACACACACGAACAACCCAGCGCGGGAGUCCUCCCCAAGGCCAAGGAAGAGGCCAGCCCCCAAGUGUCAACCUCGUGUCACAGAAUGUACCGAUUGCAGCCGCCCAACAUCAGCAGGUGGAAGGAGUUGAGGAACAUAAUCCACAAUAUCCCAACGCUGUAGCAAGCGACCCUGUAACCGCUCAACUCAAUGCCAUGCAACAACAAUUCGGGGUCUUCCAGCUAGUGCUCGCCCAGCUGUUAGCCAGAGAUAACCUCGCUGAUCCACUUAUCCACUUACUAAACCCAGCUCCUCUCGUGGCCCCCCAACCAGCUCAACAGCCUACCAACUCCCCAGUCUGUAGUGUCGCCCCGACUGCUUCCCAAGCACAAUCCCACAUGCCACCCCUGCCCCAAAACCCGCCUCAACCAGUUGCCUCAGAUGUCUCAAAGAGGCUAGACAACAUAGAAAAGCUAAUGCCACAGUUUGAAACAUAUGAUGGCACUAAAGACCCUGAUGACCACUUACAUGCAUUUUUCUCCGUCAUGCAGGCUCAAAACGCCUCAGACGCGCUCAUGUGCAAGAUGUUCCCCUCCACAUUGCGCGGCAAUGCUCGGACUUGGUAUCACACCCUGCGUCCGAACUCGAUUAAUGCAUAUGCCGAGCUGGCCACCUCCUUUGCCACCAAAUUCUCAAGCAGAAGGUUGAUUAAAAAGACGACACCCAAGCUCAUGCGGAUAACACAAAGAGAUGACGAAUCCUUGAAGAACUACAUGAACAGGUUCAAUGAUGCCAUGUUGGAGGUCAAUGCCUUCGACGAAGCAGUUGGAAUAACCGCCGUGAUACAAGGCCUCAACCAUGAUCGAUUUCGAGAUAACUUGAUCAAGCACACCCCGACCACUUUUGACGAGGUCAAUCAGAGAUCCCUUAAGUUCAUUAAGGUCGAGGAGUGCGUUCUCUCCAAACCCCAACCCCCCAAAGAAGCUAGAACUCCCGCCUGGAGAGAAGGAGGCCAAAGCAGAAAGAAGUUCAAACCCACACAAAACCGAGGCCCAAUUUCGGUUCCCAAGCUAGACAGGCCCGACUCCAGCGCCCCGGAAACGCGGCCUAGGCCACCUUCAUGGACCUCCUUCACAAUUUUGAGGUCACAAAUUCUCAUGCAAAUCAAGAAUAAGAUGGAGCUGAGGAGACCAGCCCCCCUACAAAGCCCAGCGGCAAGCAGAGACCACACCAGAUACUAUGACUUUCACCAAGAUCACGGACAUACCACGGAAGAUUGCCACAAACAAGGACAAGCCCAGGGAUCCCGAGCAGCAAACAACAGGGAUGGAGUAGGAUACCAACAAACACCACCACCUCUUCCACCCCCAUCCAGAGUUAUUCACAUGAUAAUCGGCGGACCCGAAGCAGGUGGCACAAGCUCCAAGCAACAGAAGCUGUACGUGAGAGAGGUUAGGCACCACAAUGCAGCCCAGAAAAGAAAGAUCGACGGGGAGGAUUGGAAAAACCAGUCUGUGACAUUCACUUCGGCCGACUUCAAGGGGGUCGUCACACCCCACAACGAUCCAUUAGUCACCUCGGUUAUCAUUAACAACUGUGAGGGAAAUGGGGAAACAACAGCAACCAGUAUACUAUGCAGUAAGGUGCUGCAGGGAGCUGAGCAGAGGUACCCAAUAGUAGAGAAGGCAGCCCUAGCAGUUAUUGUUACUGCAAGGAAGUUGAGGCCAUACUUCCAAUCCCAUCCUAUUAUUGUGAUGACUGAUCAGCCUUUAAGACAAAUUUUGCAGAAACCAGAAUGCUCCGGGAGACUCAUUAAAUGGGCAGUAGAGCUGGGAGAGUUUCAGAUAGCAUUCCAGCAAAGCUUCUGGAGUGGACACGCUUUGAAGUUCAACUUCGAGGCCACAAACAACGUGGCUGAGUACGAAGCCCUCCUCUUGGGAAUGCGUUUGGCGGCCGAGCUCAAAGUCAAACGCCUGCAGAUUUAUAGUGACUCACAGUUGCUUACAAAGAUUCCUAGAGCAGAAAAUGAGCAUGCAGAUUCUUUGUCGAAGUUAGCAUCUGAGAACUCCCGGGAAGCAAAGUCUAUGUACAUCGAGAUACUGAAUGAACCAAGCUUCCAGACGUCGGGGGUGAUGGAGAUCAGCACUGACCCAGAUGCUCCGAGUUGGACAGACCCCAUCCGGGAGUACAUCCUCAAUGGUACCAUCCCGGGGGACAAACAGGAAGAGAUGAAGUUGCGAAGAAAAGUCUCUCGGUACACCCUGGUUGGCGACAUUCUGUACAAGAGGUCCUACUCGUUACCUCUUCUCAAAUGCUUGACACCAUAUGAAGCAGAGUAUGCACUAAAAGAAGUACACGAGGGGGUAUGUGGAAGUCACGUGGGAGCCCGGACUCUAGCACAUAAGGUUCAUUCAAGAAAAAAGGGGGGGCAAAAAGGAAAUUUUACGAAGAAGAUUGAAGAUGAAGGAAGGGACUUAAUUGAAGAGAUGAAAAGUUGGAGGGGUGAAAUGCAAAGUCUAGCCUAAAACCCAUCAAACCCAAACCAAAACCCAAACUCAAACCCAAUUACCCAAAACCCACCAAAAUCCAAAGCCUACCAACUACCCAAGCCCAAAAUCCCAAAAACCAAAAAUUACUUAAAACCCCAAACCCACAAUUACUCAAACCCAAACCCAUUUAACCUAAAAAAUAAAAAA